CACGCGACGUACCCAUCCUCAGCGUAAACAUAUGUACAUAUCUGUGUAAACGCAUGUAAAGGCAAACGCGACGUUUAUCCUGGAUUUCCUCGACGCUAAAGGGUGUCGCGGCAACCAAAAGAUCAAGAAUCGCACGGGCAACACACCAUGGACGAGUUUAUUAAAACGCUGAUUGCCGAGGUCAAGUCGCAGGGCGUCUUCGACGAAUUCCGCUUUAACUGCUGCCUGGCGGACGUGGACACGAAGCCCGCGUACCAGAAUGUGCGCACCCGGGUGGAGACGGCGGUUAACGAUUUUCUGGCCAAGCAGCACUGGACCCCAGAUACUAACAAGGUGCAGCUGCGCGAGAGGCUGCGGAAGCACCUGCUAGACUCCGAUGUCCUGGACAAGGGAGUGGACCAAAUCGUGGACCAGGUGGUCAAUCCGAAAGUUGCCACCAUAUUCGAGCCAAAGAUCGAGAGCAUUGUCUACAAGUACCUGGGCAUCACGCCCCCGCCGCCGCCUCCCGUGAGAUCUGCCAUGCUGCCCGCCCCGCCCUUGCCGCCAUAUGCUGGUCACAUGAAUGGCAGCAGUAGCCUGCUCAACGUGGAGACCCCCGCUGGCCUCCUGCCCACCGACCUGGAGCAGAUCAGUCCAGACUCCGACCGGGCUACAGUCAAGUCAGAGGUUCAGGACGAUGAGCUACCCCCUGGUGUGGACGAUGAGGACACAUCGCCGUCCUAUGAACCUGUAAGCGAGGAGAAACCUCUUUCCAGCAAGGAGCGGCUCAACAACGGCUCGCUGAACAACUCGGACUCCGUGAAUGGUGUUUCACAGGCGUCCCAACUCUCACAGGUGUCCAGCGACAGCCGCCUAACCAUCGCCUCCUCCACGGAAUCGGUGACCGAUGGACUGCAGCCCGCGACAGCACACAACAGCGCCGAACCAGCCGACAUUUCCGAGGAGGCCCAGAUGCCGAAGUUUAGCGAGAACUCCAGCGAUGCAAGUGCGAAUAACGACAGUCGACAGUUGCACUUCGACAUCAAGCAGGAUGCCAUUACCUUCGAGGGUACUGAGCGAAAGAAUUCUGCGUCGGAGGACACGAACGGCGUCCCCCUGGUGCUCUCCAUUGAGGAUGCCAUUAUGUCAGAGGUGAAGGCAAACAUAGACGAUGCCAACCAUGCCAGCAUUGAGUCGAUAGAUGAAGCGGAACCCCAACCUCCGCCAAAGAUUGAACCGCCUCCCACGCCAGCCCCGCCUGAAGUUAAACCUCCUCCUCCGCCUUCCCCACCUAAAGUUGAGCCACCUCCACCGCCUCUACCAACAGAAAGCAGUAAUGGGUGCUAUUCCGAGGCUGAUAACUCAGAGGUAAAACCCAAAGCCGAGACUGCGGAGGUUAAAUCGGAACCAGCUCCGGCCGAAAUCAAGGAGGACAAACUUUCGAUUCCCAGCGUGCCGCCAGAAAAUGUGGAAUCACUUAAAGAGGAGGCUACUAAACCGUGUGAAUCCACAGCGUCACCCAUAUCAGUAUCUUCGCAGUCGAAAAGCUAUUCGAAGUCAAAGGACAAGGAAAAGGAGCGAGGACGUCACAGUCACUCCGAUGACAAGCAGCGACGGAGGAGCAGAGAUCGGGAUCGUGACCGCGAUCGCAGUCGAGACAAAUCAAACAGCAAACAUUCCUCGAGUUCCAGCUCAAAGCACUCAUCAUCGCACUCCUCCAGCUCAAAACACAGGAGCAGCAGCUCCAAGAACGAUAAGAGCACCUCCAGCACUUCUAGCCGUAGUAAUCACGAGUCCUCCUCAUCGAAACGCUCGAGCACCACAUCUUCAUCUCGCCACGAAUCAUCCUCACACAAAAAACACAAGUCCAGUUCGUCUUCAUCGCGAUCUGAUCGGGAUAAGGACAAGUAUAGGGAAAGGGAAAAAGACAAGGAAAAGGAAAAGGAAAAAGAGAGCCAUAGCCGUAGCCACCAUAGCAGCAGCAGUUCUUCGUCGUCCUCAAAAAGAAAAGACUACGAUAGAGGCCGCGAUCGAGACCGCAACAAAUCCAAUUCGUCCGGCAGUGCAGAGAGUAAAGCUAUCCAGGAUGAUCACAACGAGAGCAAGGCGAAGGUGAAACAACGCCGGAGUUCCGACUCCAACGAUGAGGGCAAGCCCCCAGGAUCCUGCGGUCCUGCGAAGACCAACCAGGCCGAGAUUGCCCAAGCUCCGGAGAAAGCCGACGCGCCUGUGGAGAAUGGAAAUGGAACGAAUGGAAACUCUAACGGUGGUAACAAUGGUGAGUGCGACAAUGCCAGCAGUGUUGUCAUCGUCAGCGACCUCCUCCAGCAAUCGUCAACUAGUUUUAUUCAAUUGACUGCUGGAUCCCAGUCACGUAAGGAAGUAGAGAGCAGAAUUCCUGAAGCCGAACAAUCAGUAGCCGAAAAACAGACGGGGACACAAGAAUCGGAGGCGACACAACAGGAGCCUGCUCCGCAGAAUAAAGAGCCAAGUGCAGAACCUCAAGGAGCUGACAAAGCUGUAUUCGUACCUGAUUCCACUGUCGGGGACAGCAAAAAAGAGGAUGAAAUAGAUUCAACGCAGCGCAUUGAGGAAUCUAAGGAUCCUUCUGUAUUUCAAGAGACCUUAAAACCUGCGGAAACGACCCAACUGGAGGAUCUACCGAAUUACACUAAAAAAUCUAAGAAUCUUCCCGCCACACAACAAUCAAACUCGUACGAGCAAAGCAGUGAAUUAGUCGCCGACUUUGUGACCCACUUCGAGCACAACCCAGACGAGUUUAAAGCGCGUCUGCAGUUCAUUGAGCAACUGAUAGAGGACCGCAGGAAUCUACUCAACAGGCUAAGUGCGGACGGUUCGCAGGACGAGGGAGUUGAUGUACGAGCUCUGCGCAGAAGCAUAUCCAAGCGGAGGCGAAGCAGCUUACAGGAGCAACAGGAAGAGGCGCGUGAGUCGACACCGACGCGGCAUUGCAGCCCGAGCAGCAGUAACUCCGGCAGUCCGGCAAAGAGACUACGAUGCGACGAUUCAAAGUCGUCGCCAACGCCUUCCGACGCCAGUAUAAACUCCAAGGAGAACGAGGCUUUGGAGAAGCAGGAGCAUGCUGUAUGAAGCCUCCAAUAGUCCUAUACCAUUCUAAACUCUGCUGGAUGCCCUGUCCGCCAGGAGACUCAGCAAAAAAUUCUGCCAGCAACAGCGGUACACCAACGAUGAUCUCUACAAGCCCCGUCCAAUCCUGUCGCAACGCUCUCGGCGCCGGGGUCUGGAUUCAAUCCUCUAGCUAACGAACGAUCUGUUAUCGGAAACAAUAAAAGGCAAUUGUUGUUAAUGCA